AUGCGCACCAAGCUCACGGUCCUGCCCGCCGCCGUCGCGAGGCUCUCCGGCCUCAGAACGCUCAUCCUCAGCGACAACUCGCUGACCUCGCUGCCGGCUGAGAUUGGCGAGCUGUCGCAGCUGAGGGUUCUCGAGGCAGAACGGAACCAGAUCGCGUCGAUUCCCGACGAGAUCGCCAACUGCAAGAACCUGGAGAACAUUCGCGUCGGAUACAACAAGAUAACCGACCUUUCGGCGCUCGCGGACUGCGAUAACCUCGUCACUCUGGUUGUCGACGGCAACGCGCUAGACUCUCUGGAGUCUCUUAACCUGCGGGAAAAACAGCGGCUGGUGACCCUCAGCGCCAAGAAGAACGGCAUCGAGUCCGUGCCCGCGGACCUCGGCAAGUGCCAGCUUCUCGCCGAGAUCUUCCUCAACGACAACAAGAUCGGCGACCUCCCGAUGUCCAUGGGGGAGCUCAAGGAGAAGAAGGUGCGCGCCAUCGAGCUGGACGGCAACCCGCUCAACGACCCGAAGGUGAAGAAGAUGA